GUGUUUUUCUCCGGACUGUCGUCGCACGUUGUUUCUUCUCAUGUUUUCCUGAGCAGCGAACUCGCGAUUACACAAUCCACCGGAAGAAUUUCCAAACAUUUGGAAAGUUGCGAAUACAUCGUGAAAUACUUCCUUUAAGUAUCGUAAACUCCGUCGAGAAGCAGUUGGUUCUGAAGAUAACCACCAAACCGCUUUGGUUGUGUUCAAAUACUGAGUAAAUAUCUACGAAGGAAAUGGAAAUGUCGCUCGAUAAUCUCAGCUCAGCCCAGAAGGGAGAGCUGAUGGACCAGGUUAAGCAGCAGAUUGCGCUGGCCAACGCACAGGAACUGCUGACGAAAAUGACCGAAAAAUGUUUCAAAAAAUGCGUCGGUAAACCGGGAACGGAGCUGGACAGCUCGGAACAGAAAUGCAUCGCCAUGUGCAUGGACCGAUACAUGGACUCGUGGAACCUGGUAUCCCGAAGCUACACCCAGCGGAUCCAGCAGGAACAGCACCGGGGAUAAUAGAGAGGCUACGUAGUUCGGAAAAAAACUUCCCGUUAAAAGCAUUCUUAUUCAGCCAACCCUACCGAUAGCGAAACAUUUAUGGAAUAGGCACUUUUAACAUUUUUUUCCCCGUUAAGUAAGUCAGCUCGUUCGUUAGGAUGCUGUGCCGUUAAAGGCAGACGUAGAAAACUUAAAAUAAUCAUCUUGCGUUUAAAACUGAUAAAAUCACUAUGAAAUAGGAAACUACCUAAUUAUUGUUAACCUCCAAUACGAAGCAGAUUUGUAGUAGGUUUAUCAUAAAUAUAA